AUGGACCAGUUUCUACUUCUGCGGUUACAGGAACAGCCCUGUCUCAUGACAGACGUGGCCCCCGGCUGCAGGCUGCUGCUGGUGCUGAUGACCGUGGCACCGAGCAGGACAGGAGCGGUUCCUGUGCCCUCACCCCUCGGGGCCCUCCCAGGUGCAAGGGGCUGCCACAUGGCCCAGUUCAAGUCUCUGUCCCCACAAGAGCUGCAGGCCUUCAAGAGGGCCAAGGAUGCCUUUGAAGAGUCGCUCUUGCAGAAGGACUGGAACUGCAGCUCCCGCCUCUUCCCCAGGACCCGGGACCUGAGGCAGCUGCAGGUGUGGGAGCGCCCCGUGGCCUUGGAGGCGGAGCUGGCCCUGACACUGAAUGUCCUGGAGGCCACGGCUAACUCAUCCCUGGAUCACAUCCUGGACCAGCCCCUUCACACGCUGCACCACAUCCACUCCAAGCUCCAGGCCUGUGUCCCAGCUCGGCCCACAGCAGGCCCCAGGCCCCGGGGCCGCCUCCACCACUGGCUGCACCGGCUCCAGGAGGCCCCGAAGAAGGAGUCCCGGGACUGCCUCGAAGCCUCUGUCGUGUUCAACUUCUUCCGCCUCCUCACCCGGGACCUGAAAUGUGUUGCCAGUGGAGACCAGUGUGUCUGA